CUCCAGUGAGAGACGGACCGUAUCGCGUGUUCAGAAUGAAUCGAUUCAUUGAUCAUGUUCGAGGAGGAACACAAAGACCUGCCGCGGAUCUCAAGUGGCGUUACAGAGUGAAAACUUGUUGUUAAGUGUUUGUGUGUGUGUGUGUGUGUGUGUGUGUGUGUGUGUGUGUGUGUGUGUGUGUGUGUGUGUUCGGAUCCAUCAAGAUGUGUGUGUGAGAUCUGCUUUCUGAAGUUUAUAAAGGAACACACUCCACUGAAGCGGCUGUUCUCUGAGGAAUGAGUCAUUUAUUCAUAUCAUUGAGAACAUGUAACUCACUCAUCAUGUCAUAGAAGGUUUCUGCAGCAUGGAUGAACUUCAUCUCGAGCCGUCUGACUUUCAUGGAGUUUGAUCGGACACUGUUUGAGUUUGGUGAAGCUUCAUGAGCUGUAGAUGCACCGAUGAUGAUGAUGAUGAUGAUGAUGAUGAUGAUGAGCUGGUUACUUCAAACCUGCUUCAUAUUGAUGAUGGUGAGAGCUGAUCAGUUUCACUCAUCCAUCUGUCAGCUCAAUAGACAACAAAGUGAGCUCAACUCGUUCCUGUGGACUAUAAAGCGAGACCCGCCCGCUUAUUUCUACGGCACGAUUCAUGUUCCCUACACACGCGUGUGGGACUAUAUCCCAGAGAACUCCAAAAAGGCCUUUCAGGAGAGCAACAUUGUGUACUUUGAGCUGGACCUGACCGACCCGUACACCAUCUCGGCGUUGACGAGCUGUCAGCUCCUGCCGCAGGGUGAGAAUCUACAGGACGUGCUGCCCAAAGACAUCUACCGGCGGCUCAAGAGACACCUGGAAUAUGUCAAACUCAUGAUGCCCUCGUGGAUGACCCCGGAUCAGCGCGGCAAGGGCCUGUACGCAGACUACCUGUUCAACGCUAUAGCUGGAAACUGGGAGCGCAAGCGGCCGGUGUGGGUGAUGCUAAUGGUGAACUCUUUGACAGAGGCGGAUAUAAAGACUCGCGGCGUUCCCGUGUUGGAUCUGUAUCUCGCACAGGAAGCGGAGCGGAUGAAGAAGAAGACGGGAGCCGUGGAGAGGGUUGAGGAGCAGUGCCACCCUCUAAAUGGACUCAACUUCUCUCAGGUGAUUUUUGCUCUGAAUCAAACUCUACUGCAGCAGGAAAGUCUCCGGGCUGGAAGUUUACAGGUGCCGUACACCACAGAAGAUCUCAUUAAGCACUACAACUGUGGAGAUCUGAACUCCAUCAUCUUCAACCACGACACCUCACAGGUUCCAAACUUCAACAAUGUGUCGUUGCCGCUGAGCGAGCAGGUGACGGCUCAGGAGAUCGACCGCUACUUCAGACAGGAGCUCAUCUACAAGCGGAACGAGAGGAUGGGGCGACGAGUCAAAGCCCUGCUGGAGGAACAUCCAGACAAGAGCUUCUUCUUCGCCUUCGGAGCAGGUCAUUUUCUGGGAAACAACACCGUGAUUGACGUGUUGCGCAGAGAAGGAUACGAGAUCGAACACACACCUGCUGGACAACAGCUGCACAGCAGCAGCAGAUCGAGCUGGAGUUCAGAUGAACUGACGGAAGCAGACGCCAGCAGCUGCAGCCGUUCCUGCACGAGUCGCACGUCGCGCUGGAGGAGGGCGAGGAGGACACGCCGCUAACCUGCUUCUUCCGACAGUCUGGAGCUCCUGCAGAAGAUCCAACGCAAACUGAAGAAACGACGCUAAUAAACACAAGAAACAGCCACAUCGACACUUCAAUGACCUCUGGGUGAGCAUGGA